GUCUUGGCAGGGGAUCUAGAAGGGGACCUUCAGGACGGGAAAUGCAUGUGGAACUUCUUCAGAUUUUAGUUAAAAAGCCUCCAAGAGCAACAUGAGCUGGAGCUUCCUCACUCGUCUGCUGGAAGAGAUCCACAACCACUCCACCUUUGUGGGCAAAGUGUGGCUGACCGUGCUCAUCAUCUUCCGCAUCGUCCUCACGGCGGUCGGAGGCGAGUCCAUCUACUCGGAUGAGCAGACCAAGUUCACCUGCAACACUAAGCAGCCCGGCUGCGACAAUGUGUGCUACGAUGCCUUCGCGCCCCUCUCGCAUGUACGCUUCUGGGUUUUCCAGAUCAUCAUGAUCUCCACGCCGUCCAUCAUGUACAUGGGCUACGCCAUACACAAGAUAGCCCGCACUUCGGAGGAGGAGCGGCGCAGGAAUCACAGGAUCCGCAAAAAGCCUGCUCCUCACUCCAGGUGGAGGGAAAGCCACCAUCUGGAGGACAUCUUGGAGGGAGAUGACGAUGCAGAGCCUAUGAUCUAUGAAGACACACUAGAGGGUCAGGAGGUCAAGGCCGAGUUGGGAAACAGCAAUUGCAACGAGGCGCCAAAGCACGAUGGUCGGCGUAGAAUUAUGCAAGAGGGGCUGAUGCGGAUCUACGUUCUUCAACUCAUGUCACGAGCGAUCUUUGAAAUCGCUUUCCUUGCAGGACAGUACCUCCUGUAUGGAUUCCGAGUUAGUCCUUCCUUUGUGUGCAACAGGGUCCCCUGUCCACACCGAGUGGACUGUUUCAUUUCCAGGCCCACCGAAAAAACAAUCUUCUUGAUCAUCAUGUACGUGGUAAGCUGCCUCUGCCUUAUGCUUAACGUGUGCGAGAUGCUCCACUUGGGAAUCGGCACUUUCCGAGACAUCCUGCGCCUGAAGAGGAGGCAUGGUCGGCGUACCUGCGGCUACCCGUUCUCCCGCAAUAUUCCCGCCUCCCCUCCCGGGUACAACUUGGUCAUUAAGACGGACAAACCCAGCAGGAUGCCCAACAGCCUCAUCACUCAUGAGCAGAACAUGGGCAACGUGGCCCAGGAGCAGCAGUGCACCAGCCCGGAUGAGAACAUCCCAUCGGAUCUGGCGAGCCUUCACCGCCACCUGAGGGUCGCCCAGGAGCAGCUGGAUAUGGCCUUUCAGACGUACCAAACUAAGAACCCCCAGCAGACCUCCAGAACCAGCAGUCCUGUGUCUGGGGGAACUAUGAUGGAGCAAAACCGAGUCAACACUGUCCAGGAGAAGCAGGGAGCUAGGCCCAAGUCAGCCACAGAGAAGGCUGCUACAAUUGUUAAAAACGGAAAAACCUCAGUCUGGAUUUAGAAAUAAAAGUGUAAUUUAUUAGCAAAGAUCUAAGACUAAGUGACUACACAGUGACACAGCUGGAAGAUCUGUGGGGUGGACUACAAUCAGACAAAUAUAAAGAUUAUAGAACAUAGCGGACAAACAAAAAAUACACAAACUUUUGAGAAUCAUCUUUGUUACUGUCUAUUGUCCUUUUUGUGCUUUCCACCAUUAACGUAGUAGGCCUCACUAGUAACCAGAUCUCUAAUUGAACUAAAUCGUCAACAUAGAAACAAGAGCGUUCUGAGCUAUUUAUCUGAUCUACCCUUGAUUGCUGCUGAACUGGAUUUAUUGGCUGACUUCUUGGGAAGGAUGACUGUUGAUUGUUGUUGGGAAAAAAAUUAUAUAUUUAAUAUAAAAGGAUAGUAUAUGGAUGUAGUAUGGAAAAGUGUUGCUAGACGCAGGUUGAACUGUGAAAUAUUUUGAUAGAGCAACAAUAUGUUCCUCUACGUGAUUUCCAGCAAUUGCAUGCUAUCCUGUUUAUUCCUCAAAAUUACUUCUUAUAAAGAAAGAAAGUUUUUUUACUAUAAUACUGACUUUUUGUUAUCUGAAGACGAUGCAUGCGUUACAUAGGUUACAAAAGAAACCCCACCUUUACCAACUAAACUAUGCAUUUAACUUACGUUUAGGCAUGUUACUUCUUUGAAAAUGUGUGUUUUAGU